AUGUGGCCUAUCUACGUUCUUGGGCUUGUUCAUAUGAUUCCCGUCAUUCCUCCACAGACAUACCUGACGUUAUCCCUUCGGAACCUUGGCUUCGACACGACCCAAUCCAAUCUUCUCAGCAUCCCUUCUAUAGUGCUCGGUGGCCUUAACCUGCUAAUCACUUGCUAUCUCAGUGAAAUCAUCGACAGUCGUGUGGGGGCUGCGAUUAUUCUUCAGUUCUGGGCCUUACCCCUGCUCGUUGCACUCUACAUGUUUAAUGAGCACACCUCACAAUGGGUCUACUUCGCGGUCGUGACAUUGAUCGCGGGCUAUCCAUACGUCCACCCCAUACAAGUUGCGUGGGCGUCGGCGAAUUCUGGUGGCGUCGGGACGCGGACCGUGUCAGCUUCCAUAUACAACAUGUUCGUGCAAGCUGGUGCCGUCGUCGCGGCUUAUAUUUACAGAGCCGAUGACGCGCCCCUCUUCUUUGAAGACACCCGAGGGAACAGGGACCUACUAGCAAUCGCUGCCAUGAACAUUUGCUUGUAUACCUCCACUUACUACUUCUACCGCAGGAUCAACCUCUGGCGCGCAAAGAAAUGGGAUUCCUGGACCCCAAAGCAACAGCAGGAGUAUCUGGACACCACGUCUGAUCAAGGCAAUGAACGAAUCAAUUUUCGCUUCACACAUUGA